UUAAGGCUGAAUCCUGGACAAGGAGCACCUAAAGUGACUUCAGCUUGCGGUUGGGCCCCCACUCAGCUUGGUGGGCGCGUGCGCAAGGGAGGACUGCCAGCUCCGGCUCCCGAGGUCUGCUCAAGCGUGGCUCUGGGUGGCUGGCACUGCACGUGGGCGCAGCGCGAUUCCCAGGCUGCCAAGGUGGGCGCGGGCUGUGAGCGCAGCCCUCCCCCCAACCGGGCUUAGGAUGUGCACUCUCCACCCAGUGCUGGGACUACUGCUCGUGGGGGCUCUCCGAGCCUUCCCGCAGAAUCGAGCCCCCGCGGAUGCCUGUGCCAGAGACCCUGGGCACUACUAUGACAAGGAUGCUGGAAAGUGCUGUUACCGCUGCCCCACAGGGCAUUUCCCGAAGCGGCCGUGCCCACAGGGCUCAUUUGACUGCUGUGACCCGGACUACUACUUGGACAAGAACAACCGGUGCACAGCCUGCGUGAGCUGUGGAGAUAACCUCGUGGAGAAGAAGCCAUGUUCACGGAACUCCUCCCGCGUCUGCGAGUGCCGGGCUGGCAUGUUCUGUCUCACAACAGCCGCCAACUCCUGUGCCCGCUGCUCCCCUCACUCCACCUGCCCCACAGGGUUGAUUGUCAAGUUCCAAGGUACAGCAGAGAGGGACACUGUCUGCGAGCUGCCUUCCCCAGGGGCCAGCCCUGACUGCAGCACCAGCCCGGAGGACUGCGAAGCGCCAGCCAGUGGCACCACCCUCCACGGCAAACCCAUCCUGACCUCGGCAAGCUCCAAUGCCAGGACCACACUUCUUGGAAGGGACACUCUCUUCACCCCGGAAAAUGAUUCCAAAAUGACAAGGACUCCCAUCCCUCCCCCCGCCAUGGGGAAGCCCAGUCCGGAUCCAGGGCUGUCCCCACAGCUGUGCCCACAGGGGUCAUCUGAUUGCAGGAAGCAGUGUGACAAGGACUACUUCCUGGACAGGGACGGCCGCUGCACGGCCUGUGUGAGCUGUUCAGGAGGUGACCUUGUGGAGAAGACACCUUGCACGUGGAACUCCUCCCGUGUCUGUGAAUGUCGACCUGGCAUGGUCUGUGUCACAUCAGUCACCAACUCCUGUGCCCGCUGCAUCGCCUGUCCCACCUUCCCACUAGGUACAGCUGAGAAGGACACCGCCUUUGAGCCGUCUUCCACGGGGACCCACCUUAACUGCAACACCAACCCAGAGGACAGCAAGGCACCCUCCAGCACCGCCCUCACAGACUCCGAGACCAGAAAGGGGCACGGAGAGGGCGUCACCCAUGCCCUGGGAGACGCCUCCAUCUCAACAAGUGCUCCCAUCUCUUUCUCUUCCAUGGGAAGGCCCAUUCUGGUUUCUGGGGGCCAGAAGGAGGGAGGCUAUGCCCAGGCGAUGGCAUCCACUGGUUCCUCACCCUCUAGAAAUGGACCCACGCUUCUCUGGUUGAUCAUGGCGCUGGUGGUGGUCGCUGUUUCCAGCUCCUUCCUCCUGUGCCACCGGAGGGCCUGCUGGAAGUGGAUUCGGCAAAAGCUCCACCUGUGCUACCCAGUCCAGACCUUCCGGCCCAAGCUGGACCCCGUGGAUUCCAGACCUCGGAGGAACACCAUGCAACUGACGAGCACUGUGACAGACCCCUGCACAGAAAAACUGGGGUUAAUGAGUCCCCCGGCUGUGGAGACCUGCCCCAACGUGGGGGCAACCUCCCUGGAGAGCCUGCGGCUGCGGGAUGCCAGCCCAGUUGGCAGCCCCUCGUCCCCCAGGGAACUUCCUGAGCCUCGAGUAACCACAGAGCAUACCAAUAACAGGAUCGGUGAGUUGGCCUGUUGAGAGGGGUCCUGGCAUGGUCAGGCUUAAGAGGACGGUGGGGAGAUAGGUGCUGGGUCUUGGGCCCCCAACUGGAACCAGAUACCCUGGGUCUGGAAGGACCAGCAAGGAAGAGAUGUGGGUU